GAUUUUGUUUGGAGGUAAACAUCACGUGAGAAAAAAAUAGAUUUAAUGAAGAGAUUGUGUUAAUUAACAUAAACACUAUAAACACGAGAUGAGUUAUAUGGUCAUUUUCUUCUAGUCAGUCCACUGAAGUCUCAUAACUCCUGAACACGAGUUAGAUUAAUCUUGUAGCCGGAAGUUGUCAUCAUAGCUCUGCCACUCCAUUAAAACCAUAACAAGAAUAGCUAAGUGUAUGUUGUCUAGGCGAGUCUCCUAGCAACAGGAUGAAUAUUUUGUAACUCUUCAGCUCCUGAAAUCAACAUCUGACCUUAAAUUUAAUGUUACAAGAAAUGUAUCGCUUGUUUUUAUUUUCAAUCAGCCUUACAGAUCUUACAUAAGUAUCAACAAAUAGUAAAACAUAAACGAGAUAUAUACUUAUCAAAUUGUGAGGCAUACCUUUACGUAAAGUCUUGAGGUACAAAGGAUUACUAAAAUGAAAUCUACCGCGAGACGCCAUGAGUUAUCGAUGUGUACUACCCCUAAUGAUGAUCAGAUUUCCAAAAAUAAUUCAAAAGACUCUAUCUCUAUUUCUAAGCCGCCCCUGUCGAUGAAACCAGCUUCCGAAUACCGGAAAGUCCCGUUUAAACUUAGCUCAGACAUCAGAAGGGCACGCGAGCAAUCCACGCCCUGUUCAUCGUCAUCCUCGGAUCACUCAUCGUCGACGAAAGACGAGAGCACGGCGGAAAAUGACACGGCGAAGCAGGAACUUGGGACCGGAAGUGCCGAAAGUAAGAAAAACGCCCACCUGAAGAAGGUCAAGCAAAUUUUCGAGGCCUCGACCUCUUCGGAAACAUCCGCGCCCAGCACGUCACGAAUCAAACCCGGCAAAUCCGUGACGAUUCAAGGUUUGCAGGAGCUGUUGCACAAACAGAUGGGGAGCAGUGCUGGGAAGUCUGAGGAUUACAAAAUCCGGAAACAGCACCGUUCUAAAAGCCGCACCGGGAAGGGACUGACGAGUUUCGCCAGCGCCGCGGUGCGAAAGAGGAGCCGCUCCAGAUACUCAAGCGCAAUAAAACGCAGCGCAAGAAUGUUGUCGCCCAGCAAGAAGGAGCGGCCGUACAGGCAGUGGUUAGGUGUCUCGAACUGCGUCACGCGGGAUAGCAAAUUCAUCAUCUCGUCGACGCAGUUUCGGCGUGAUUUCACGGGAAAAGGCAAUCGGGGUGAAACGUCUUCUUCGGCGUUAAGUCGUUCUCCAGCUGUUGUAGAUCCGGAAGUGACAUCGGACACGGGGAGGGUGACACCAAACUUGGUAAAGGCGGAGAAUGAAAGUGGCGCGUCUUUAAAGGGAAAGAACAGAGUAGGAAAAGAUAAUAUAAAGGUUGCUGCUGAUGUGGAUGAAUCUAUGUCAAAAUCAAUUCCAGAGAUUGCUGAUAAAGACAAGGUGCCUGUCCAUGCUCUCCAGGAGCCUGCCUAUAAAUCGUUGGUCAGCCCUUCUGUUGAUAGAUCUGGCACUAGGUUAGGUAAAGUACGAACACCGGAGACAGCAAAAGAAAAUAAACAUUCAAAUACUAUACAACACGAAUAUGUAAAUAUUGUUGAUCGAAAAAUAGCCAACAUAGAGAGUAGUAUGAUAGAGGGCCCAGCUUUGGAGGAGGAUUCGGCAACAAUUUCAGAUACAGCUACCGUGAAACUACCCUCUAGAUCUCAUCAUCGGAAAAAGGAUAGAAUCUCCCGCGUCCAUAAGUGUCAUAAGAUUCCGACCCCGUGUAAUUUAGGCAGUGAAUCUGAUUGCAGUGAUAGACAGGAAUUUAUUUUCCCGGAAAAAUCAGGCCGGGUUGACUCUGUCCUGGCAGGCACUCAAGUAACGUUAGCCUGUUCAAACACGCUGGAAAGGUCAACGCCUCUACGAGGGCUUACGCCACACAAAAUCUCCGUCCACGAAUCAAUUUUGAUUGGUGGAAAUGAACCACCAUUAGCUCGACAAAUAAGCCGCCCAGGGUCGGUAAGCUUACGUGUGCGGCCGGAGACGCCCUGCCAAACAGAGGCAGCUGCGCUCCGUGUCGCAUGUACACCCGAGCAAACAGAAUUACCUGGAGAAGUGGGGGUACCUGACAAGGCAUGUUUAAACAACACUUUUCCUGAAAAUACAGGUUUAAUUAAACACACCCAUUCACCUGAAAAUACGGGUAUUACUGAACGCGUACGUUUACCUGAAAAAUCAGAUUUAAAAAAGCAAAUUAUUUUUCCCGAAAAGGCUGAUUUAACUAAGCAAAUUGAUAUAGCCAAUAAGGAAAACAUCAGUUGUCCUGAAAAAGCACGUUUAACGGGAGUCAUCAUUUCUCCUGAAAAUGGAAGUUUAAAUAAACAUAAAUCAGAUUUUAUUGAACAAAUUUGCCUACCUACAAGGGUAGAUUUAGCUGAUCAAAUUAAUAUUCCUGAUAAGGCGGUUUCACCUGAAAAUACGGAAUUAACUGAAAAUAUAGGUACUACAGAACACAUCAAUUUACCUGAAAAUGCAGGUUUAACUGAACACAUUAGUUUACCUGACAAAUCUGAUUUAAAUGAGCAAAUUAGUCUACCUGAAAAGACAGAUAUAAUUGGGGAAAGGGGUCUACCUGAUAAAGCGGGCUUAAGUGAACAUGUCAGUUCGCUUGAAAUAGCAGGGGGAAAUGAACUUGUGGGUUUAACUGAAGAGAUAUCGCUAUGUAAUCAAAGAAAAUCAAAUAAACAACUUCCCGGGGGAAAAACUAGCCCCGUGCUCAAACCCAAAUCAUCAGAGCCUGCUGCUGACCAGGUUGAUAGGGAGACCACGGACAGUCUUAGCUGGGUGGAGAAAUGGUUGGAAGAUGGCGUGGAAGAUAUGGUUGUGCCUGAAUCCCAGUCUAUCAAUGAUGUACAUAAAGUGGGGAAACAUUCAACGACAGAAUUGUCUCAGACAUCUACAAUGAAAGACAACUCGGCUGUUGAAGCUUUGAAUUCUAGUGCAAGUUUAGGGCUCUCCGCCAAGCUAUGUAACCAUGCGGGUUUAGCGGAGGAAGAAUCGAUUGCAGUAAGCUCCCCUGAAUCUUUCUCCAUUGAGGAUUUUUCCACAAAAGACGAAACAAAAAGCCGUGGUGAUCGAGGUUGUGUAGAAACUGUGCAGCCAAGACCUGGUGAAAAUCUUGAGAACUCGGACAGAUGUCUUGAAGACUGUCGGGCGGCCUCGUCGAAUAGGUACUCGUCUUCAGAGACCAGCCACGUCGAUGGCUUCACGAGCCCGGAAUUCAAAAAAAUGGCUCACUCCGUCAGCCCUAGGGUUCAGCGUCAGCCUCACAGCAAGGGACCCCUGCUCCGUACGGCUGUGCGUGCCCGUUACCGAUCCUACAACACCCUCCCCGCCUAUAGAAGAUUCCCCUCACACGCUUACACUCGACCUGGGAAAAACAUAGAAACCGUCAACUCUCCCGGCCUGCAAAACUUUCUCACAGAUAAAACCCCGCCGUCGUUACCAAAUAAAUCUCUCUACAUGCAACGAAAAAGUAAAAUGAAAAAUGACGCUCCGAGUAUGAAUUAUUUAACGAAAACCACCAAACCGCCUCAUUUUAGCAGGUGUUCCAUUUCGCCAACGUGCAUAGUUCAGGCUCCGAACACUGUAAGCCUCCUGAGCGAGAGUCUGCAGGGGCUUUCCGAGAGCUCAGAUGAAAGCCCACAGAUGGAGGUCAGCCAGUUGUCUAGAUACGCAGACGUCGGGCAGUCUUCAACGCAAACAGAAACCGGUCUUGGACGUUCAUCUAAGCUGAGCAAACUUCUCCAGAAGAUGAAUCGGUCGAAAAAACUGCAGCACAGCGGCCGUUAUAAACGUGUUCAGGCGAUUGUUGAUUUUAUGGGAACACUUCCGGGUCAAUUGAGUUUUGAGAAAGGUCAAAUAAUUCAACAGCGAUUGGCGGACUCCAUGAGUGGAAUGAGCUACGGCUACUAUAGGAUCGGCAGACUGAAGAAAAAACGAAAAGGGUUGUUUCCUUCUAGCUGUGUCAUCGACUGCCCUCACACAUCCUUCAACCAUUGAAGUCAAUAAACAACCUAAUACCAUCACA